AUGAAAAAUCAAACAAUUGUGUCUUUCUUUCUGCUCAUGGAAUUCUCCAAAGAACGGCACCUGCAGCUUCUACAUUUCUUCUUAUUCUUCAUAUUAUAUCUGGCAACUGCAACAGCAAAUCUUUUCAUCAUCUCUGCAGUAGCUUUUGACCAUCAACUGCACAGCCCCAUGUAUUUGUUUCUGGUGAAUUUGGCUGUGCAGGACCUGGGCAUUGUUUCAGUCAUAGUCCCCAAAUCCAUGAUAAAUUCUGUCAUGAAUACCAGGCACAUUUCUUACUUUGGUUGCAUUGCACAAGUCUUUAUCUUUGUCUGCUUUGAAGCUUCUGAAUUCUCCCUCCUGACAGUCAUGGCAUAUGAUCGAUAUGUUGCCAUUUGCCAUCCAUUGCACUAUGAGUUGGUGAUGAAUUGGAAAGCCUGCACCAAAAUAGUGAUUAUGGUGUGGGUCACAAGUCUUCUCUAUGCAAUGUUGCAUACCAGUGGCAUCUUUUCCACCCCUUUCUGUUCUAAUGUUGUCAACCAUUUUUUCUGUGAAAUUCCAUACUUGCUAAAAUUGUCGUGUUCUGGAUUCAAUCUAACUGAAACUGGAGUUAUAAUUUUGAGUAUCAUUGUAAUAUUGGGUUGUUUUAUUUUUAUCAUUGUCUCUUAUACUUUAAUCUUCCAGGCAGUGUUGAGCAUCCCUUCUGUGAAAGGAAGACAGAAGAGUUUUUCCACUUGUCUUCCCCACCUUAUAGUCUUUUCCAUUUUUUUGGUACCUUCAUGCUUAGCAUAUUUGAAACCCCCCUCUAACAUUUCAUCUUAUUUAGAUUUUUCAUUAACUGCCCUAUAUUCUUUACUUCCACCCUUGUUCAAUCCAAUCAUCUACAGCAUAAGAAAUAAAAAUAUCAAUUCUAUCCUAACUAAAUUAUUGAGAUUUUAA